AUGCUGGUGGAGAUUCCAUCCAAACGGUUACUGGCGAAAACUUCGGCUGUUACACUCAUUGUUUUUCUUCUGCUUCACAGAGACCUGAGAUUCAACAAAGUCAAAGAUUUACAGCCUGGUUCCUUCAGACGUUUAAAGAACCUCAACACACUCCUCCUCAACAAUAAUCACAUACGAAGGAUUCCCAGGGGAGCUUUCGAAGACUUGGAAAACCUCAAAUAUCUCUAUUUGUACAAGAAUGAAAUCCAAUCAAUUGACAGACAAGCAUUUAAGGGGCUUGUUUCUCUUGAGCAACUAUACCUGCACUUCAACAACAUUGAUUCUUUGGAGCCAGAAUCAUUCACUGAUCUACCAAAGCUGGAACGACUGUUUUUGCACAACAACAGGAUUACCCAGCUCAUCCCAGGAACCUUCUCUCAUCUUCAGGCUAUGAAGCGCCUGCGACUGGAUUCCAAUGCCUUAAACUGUGACUGUGAGCUGCUGUGGCUGGCCGACCUGUUGAAGCAGUACGCCGAGUCGGGGAACGCCCAGGCUGCCGCUACCUGUGACUAUCCCAGCCGCCUGCAGGGCAGAUCAGUGGCAACACUCACCGCCGAGGAGCUCAACUGUGAGGUACCCAGGAUCACUUCCGAGCCACAGGAUGUUGAUGUCACAUCUGGGAACACUGUUUACUUCACCUGUAGGGCUGAAGGAAACCCCAAACCACAGAUCAUCUGGCUGAGGAACAACAAUGCUCUAAACAUGCGUGAUGACAGUCGUUUGAAUCUAUUGGAGGAUGGGACAUUGAUGAUCCAGGACACAAGGGAGACAGACCAGGGAGUCUACCAAUGCAUGGCUAAAAAUGUUGCUGGGGAGGUUAAGACCUCACAGGUCACCCUGCGAUACUUUGGAGCCCCUUCACGACCAAGUUUUGUGAUCCAGCCCCAGAACACUGAAGUGCUAGUCGGGGAGAGUGUGACACUGGAGUGCAGUGCUACAGGCCAACCGCAGCCUCGUGUUUCCUGGACGAAGGGCGACCGGACCCCUCUGCCGAAUGACGAUCGCAUCAACAUCACCCCCUCUGGAGGGCUUUACAUCCAGAAUGUGGUGCAGGAGGACGGGGGCCAGUAUACCUGUUUUGCCUCGAAUAAUGUUGACACCAUUCAUGCGACAGCAUAUAUAAUCGUACAAGCGGUCCCCCAUUUCACAGUCACACCACAGGACCAGUCAGUCCUGGAGGGUCACACAGUGGACUUUCCCUGUGAGGCCAGCGGAUACCCCCAGCCGGUCAUCGCCUGGACACGAGGAGGCAGCCCCUUACCACUGGACCGCCGUCACGUGGUCCUGUCUUCUGGUGAACUUCGCAUCACUCGGGUGGCAGCCCACGACGAGGGCCAAUACGAAUGUCAGGCAAUCAGCCCGGUGGGGUCUGUGCGCGCUGCCGUGCAGCUCAGUAUCCAGCAGAGAGUAACGCCUGUUUUCACAAAUGCUCCAAGGGACCUGACGGUAGAGUCUGGCCAGGAUAUCCAGAUUUCCUGCAGUGCUCAGGGUCAGCCACAACCUGUCCUCACUUGGAAUAAGGACGGUGUUCAAGUGACAGAAAGUGGAAAGUUCCACAUCAGCCCUGAUGGUUAUCUUGAAGUGAAGGACGUGGGCACUGCUGACGCUGGACGCUAUGAGUGCGUAGCUCGCAAUCCCAUUGGAUCUCAGGUUGCUAGCAUGGUGCUAACCGUUACAGUUCCUGCAGUGAGUCGUGAGGGUGACACGUUUGUCAGCUCCUCCAUAGAGCAGGCCAUCCGUAAUGUGGACAGUGCCAUCGAGUCCACCAGAAGACAUCUCUUUGAUGGUCAGCCCCGCACCCCAGGCGAGUUGCUUGCUCUUUUCCGCUACCCACGUGACCCCUACACAGUGGAGCAGGCCCGUGCUGGGGAGAUCUUCGAGCAGACUCUGCUUCUGAUCCAGAACCAUGUCAACCAGGGUCUCAUGGUGGACACCAACGGCACGGCAUUUCGGUACAAUGAUCUGGUUUCCCCUCGUUUUCUGGAUGUGAUUGCCAACCUGUCUGGUUGCACAGCCCAUCGGCGCUUCAACAACUGCUCUGAUAUUUGCUUUCAUCAGAAGUACCGCAGUCAUGAUGGUACCUGCAACAACCUGCAGCAUCCCAUGUGGGGUGCCUCGCUCACUGCUUUUGAACGACUACUGAAGUCUGUCUAUGAUAACGGUUUUAAUCUGCCAAGAGGUGCCACUGAACGGCUGCACAAUGGACACAGGCUACCGUUGCCGAGGUUGGUGUCCACCACUAUGAUCGGAACAGAGACUAUCACUCCCGAUGACCGCUACACACACAUACUAAUGCAGUGGGGGCAGUUCCUAGACCAUGAUUUGGACUCAACAGUGGCAGCCCUGAGCCAGUCCCGCUUCUCUGAUGGCCAGUUGUGUGCACAGGUCUGUACCAAUGAUCCACCAUGUUUCCCAAUUCAGUUCCCACCCAAUGAUCCACGGCAGCUGCGAAGUGGUGCCCGCUGUAUGUUCUUUGUCCGAUCCAGCCCUGUGUGUGGAAGUGGAAUGACAUCUCUCCUCAUGAACAGCGUAUAUCCAAGAGAACAAAUCAACCAGCUGACCUCUUACAUCGAUGCUUCAAAUGUCUAUGGGAGCUCAAGGCAUGAAUCUGAAGAAAUACGGGAUUUGGCCAGUCAAAGAGGCCUUCUCCGGCAAGGUAUUAUUCAGAGAACGGGGAAGCCACUUCUUCCGUUCGCCACUGGGCCACCUACGGAGUGUAUGAGAGAUGAAAAUGAGAGUCCAAUUCCAUGUUUCCUGGCUGGUGACCACCGUGCCAAUGAGCAGCUGGGUCUGACCGCCAUGCACACUGUAUGGUUCAGGGAACAUAACCGCAUAGCCACAGAGCUACUGAGACUGAACCCUCACUGGGAUGGGGACACCAUCUACCACGAGGCCAGGAAGAUAGUGGGAGCCCAGAUGCAACAUAUCACCUACAGUCACUGGUUGUCGAAGAUCCUUGGUGAAGCAGGCAUGAAGAUGAUGGGGCCAUACGUUGGGUACAACCCCAAUAUUAAUGCUGGCAUCCUCAAUGCCUUUGCUACGGCCGCCUUCCGCUUUGGCCACACCCUCAUCAAUCCAAUACUCUACAGGCUAGACGAGGACUUCCAGCCCAUUCCUCAGGGACACAUCUCUCUGCACCGGGCCUUUUUCUCACCUUACCGCAUUGUGAAUGAGGGUGGCAUUGACCCAAUCCUUCGUGGGCUUUUUGGCGUCGCUGGCAAAAUGCGUAUUUCCACACAGCUGCUGAACACAGAGCUGACAGAGAGGCUCUUCUCCAUGGCCCAUGCUGUAGCUCUGGAUCUAGCUGCCAUGAAUAUACAGAGGGGCAGGGAUCAUGGCAUACCAUCAUACAAUGACUACAGGACUUUCUGUAACCUGAGUGCUGCUCACAGCUUUGAUGACUUGAGGAAUGAGAUUAAAAAUCCUAAUGUUAGAGAAAAACUGCAAAGGUUGUACGGCUCUCCUAUGAACAUCGACUUGUUCCCUGCCUUGAUGGCUGAAGACCUGGUCCCUGGCAGUAGAGUGGGGCCAACGCUCAUGUGUCUGCUGGCAACGCAGUUCAAACGUCUGAGAGACGGUGACAGAUUCUGGUAUGAAAACCCGGGUGUGUUCACCCCCGCUCAGCUGACUCAGUUGAAACAGGCCUCUCUGACGAGGGUGCUGUGUGACAACGGAGACAACAUCACGCGUAUCCAGCAGGACGUCUUCAGGGUGGCUGAGCUGCCCCACGGCUACGGCAGCUGUGACGAGGUCCCUCACAUUGACAUUCGCAUGUGGCAGGACUGCUGUGAAGACUGCAGAACCAAAGGUCAGUUUAAUGCCCUGUCAUACCACUUCAGAGGACGCAGGUCAGCAGACCACAGCUACAAAGACGAUAAACCAGCCAACAGCGUCCAGGAGAAAAGGACAGUGAAGGAAACUUUGGAAAGUCUUGUAAACGUUACGGUGAACUCCAAACGAAGCACUGAACUUUCAGUCACAGACUUCCACGACUUUGUCUCUGACAUGCAGAAGACCAUCACAAGUUUACGCAAGCAGAUUAAACGACUUGAAGCCCGUCUGAGGCAGACCGACUGCACUGAUAGCGAAGGCCGUGAGCGUACAGAUGGAGAGCGGUGGAAAAAUGAUCCCUGCACCACAUGUGAAUGCUCAGAUGCCCAGGUGACCUGCUUUGUGGAUUCUUGUCCAGCAGCAGAGUGCAAACGACCCGUUAAACUAAAAGGCGUCUGCUGCCCGCUGUGCAUCCCGCAUGCCCAAGCUGAGGACAUCCACCAUGAAUAACCCUCAGGAGCUGCCGACAGACACUCUGAAAACACACACUCACACACAGACCUCCAGAGAAGGUCCGACUGAUGACAGUGUGCUGAGCCGCAGCCACCAAGAGCCUCGAUAGGCCCAACAGCCUAAUUUUUGUCUUGUUUUUGUAUUAUUUUUCAUUGAUCAGGAGAGGAGGUAGGUUUGAGUUGUUGCUCCCUCCAGGGCCAGCAGCCUGAGGCCUGGUUUGAAAUCCACCCACAUCCACUGGUGGAUUAGCGUCUGAACCCGUGGGUGGACGGACAGGAGGACCGUAUGAUGGACAAACCACUUUUUGCUCAGCAGAGGCUUCUGAAAUGUCACCAGUAGCCGCUGCAUUUGCUCGACUAACACUUGGCGAUGAAAUGCAGGUCCAGGUGUGAAGCAGCAAAGGGAAGUACCAAUCGAAAGGCAGCAGCCAUAGUUUUCGAGAAAAAAAAAAAUUCUCAGGUUCGAGAUGCCAACAACUGGUGCUAUUUUUCCCUUUUUUUUUUUUUUACAUAAUCACUCCAAACCUUUGAAGUAUUUUCCCUUUUUUCACAGUAUCAACUUAUUUACACUCAGUAUAUGCGUUUUUAUUACAAGUUACAACUGAGAGGAUCUUUUUACUCAAUCUGAAAGAUAUUUUAUGAAUAGAGUUACUUCAUCUUUUAAUCUAAGGUGCUUUGUAUCUUCUUAUAAAUGUGUACUUUUAUCCUCCCUUUUUUCUUGUUUAAAAAUGAAGAUAAUGUGAAGCCCUACAAAAUGUUUGCAAAGCAAAAUAAAUGUCUACUGAUGAUUGCUCAUCUGUCCGUGGACAGUGCGCCAGGUCACGUUUUGGGAUCUGUGCUGGCCUGUCCGGAACGUAAGGUGCUCCACUUUGCAGUCCAUCCAGCUCACGCACUGUUGUGCUACGUUUUUUUUUUGUUAACAUUUUAAAAAGCAUCAAAAAGAACAUUUUACCACUGUCAUUGACUUUUGUCCCAGUAUUUUCAUCUUUUUUUUAAGCCACAUGUACAAUUCAGUAAACUGCAUAAAAACACGCAUGUGAUAAUGAAAGUGUGUGAAUGUUACAAGGUUUCAUGUUGUUUAGCCUUUGUUACUGCUACAGUUACCACAGCAGUGUUCUCUGCAUGUUUUAUUCUCAUCUUCAGUCCACGUAUGGUUUUACCACUGCUUUCGGCCGUUCUCCUGCGCUCCAGCUCGGGUUUGCACAAGGGCACGUGUGCAUUCUUUUGUCAAGCGUCCACUUCAUGCUGUCUCAUUCCUCCUGCACUCCCUUUUUUCUUUGUGCUUUACUGUCUGCGUGGGUUAAGAAGUCUCCCUUGGCUUGUUUCUUCUCCACAUUGGAGGUUUUGAGUUGACAUCAUGUGGCCAAACCUGUGGAGCGCAGUCUCGCCGCGCCCUCUGACCCUCAUUCCGCUGUAAUGGAAGCCAUAUGAGAGGGGAAGUGAAGGUAUUGUUGGGUAAACUGGGGUGUCAAUCGAAGCAACAAUGUGAAUGUCAAAAGGGCACAAACACGUCAGAUCCUCUGAUUUGUGUCUGAUGUGCUGCACACAGACAAAUGCCACACGUUGGAUCCCGCUCACAGUCUGUUUUGGCGUAACACGGGUCGCAUGUUUGUCUUCCUGUUUCCCUCUGCUCCUGAUUGUGGUGGCGGGCUUCCUCUCCAUUGUUUUCUUCAUGCAGUAACAUCCUGAGAAAGCAUCUGUCACUGCACUGAAAUGAUACACUGUGGAAUAUUCCAGUCGGGAUUCCUGAUGGAUUAUGGCUCGGUCCAGCUGGUAUCGUAUCACACGUUACAAUAUACUGAACAGGUUUGUUCAUCAGACUGUGUUUACAGAUGUGUCUUUUCUUUCCUACGUUACUGCCUUUUUUGUGGCUUCGUCAGUGUUACGGCGUCAUCUUUUAUUCCAUCUUGAGUCUAAAUUUGGAUUAAAACUGUCAAAUGUCCCAAAGUUUGCUUCUGAAGAACCCUCACUCCUUUUGUUGCCACUGAUUUUAUUCGACCUUUGUUCCCUUCUUUAAUUACCACUUUGAAAAACAAUCUCCCAGGAAUGCACUGCUCUGCAAGACUGAACAUUCCUCACAUGCACUGUGCCUCCACCAGUGUUCUGUGGGGGUUUAGAACCCAUCUUUAUCAAUUGUGUUGUACGUUUGCCAAAGCAUGGUUUGCACUGUAAUCUCUACAGCCUCUCAACAGUAAUAAAAAAGUGACACUUUUGAA